GCUCCACCCUCCAGUCCAGCAGGUGGCGCUAACACACCGGGACGCCGCGUGCGCGCCACUUAAAACCAAAAUCAAAAGAAGUCGAGCAGAAGGAACGGAAAGAAACAGGAAGAAUUAGAAGAAGACAACAUCGGCACCACAAUGAAUAGGAGACUUAUCAAGGAGCUUGAAGAAAUCCGCAAAUGUGGGGCAAAGCAUUUCCGCAGCAUUCAAGUGGAUGAAUCGAAUCUUUUGAACUGGCAAGGCCUUCUUGUUCCUGACUGUCCUCCAUAUGACAAGGGAGCAUUUCGGAUUGAGCUCAUCUUCCCCGCGGAGUACCCCUUCAAGCCACCGAAGGUAACGUUCAAGACAAAAAUCUACCACCCCAACAUCGAUGAGAAGGGCCAGGUGUGUCUGCCCAUCAUCAGCGUGGAGAACUGGAAGCCGGCCACAAGAACGGAUCAAGUGAUUCACAAUCUGGUUAGUCUGGUGAACAGCCCUCAGCCGGAGCAUCCGCUGAGGGCCGACCUGGCCGAGGAGUACAGCAAAGAUCGCGCCAAAUUCAUGAAGAACGCCGAGGAGUUUACAAAGAAACACAGUGAAAAGCGACCCGUCGACUGACGACACAACGCUGCCGUCGGCCUCCUUUCUGUUUCCUGUUCAAAGAGCCUGCCCCCCCGACUCUCUGUUCUCACCCCCCCAAAAACAACAGAGAUGCUCUGUUCUCGCGUACCUGCUUGUUUUAGCACUCUCCCACCACUUCUUAAUAGAGGCUUGAGUUUCCGUUUCACUUUGCCAAAAAAUAAAAGCAACAAGAGAAAGCAGGACUUGUUGAAUAGGCAGGCUCUGGCCUCUAGGUGUCACCGUUUGGUUAUUUCUUUCUACUGAUUUUUUUUGGAGAAAAAACAUAAGAAAAUUGUCCGAGGUGGCAUCCUGAAAAGUAAAAUAUCAUAAAUAAAAAAUAAAAAAAGUGCUGUUUGUUCUGCUUACUUAAAUAUUUAAUGUUUUUUCAGAUUAAUCAGCUAAAUCUACAGCUGUUGAUAUUUGUCGUCAUCUUUCUUUUGUUUUUCUAUUUUUCCCCCCCUUAAGAUAUCACUGUACUUUGUGUAAUCACCUGUUGCAGUACACAGAAAUUAAAGUUUUCUACUGAUGCAGAGUUCCCCCGUGUAAACUCAGCGAUUUGUGAAAAUGCAACAAUGUUCACGUGUCCCUCAAAUGUUUUUUUUGUUUGUCUUGAGAUAUUUGAGGGGAAAAGUCUCCUUUAAUUUAAGUUCUUCCACCUCAGUUGGCCUCCCAGGAAAGUGCAUAGUGUCAGCGAGCAUCACCGUUAUUUAGUCAACUAUGGCUCAGACUCAGGCACUAACAAUUUCUUUCAUCUUAAAUUCUGUGUAUUUAUCUCUUCUUUUUUAACAAUGUCUUUAUUGAUUUGUUUACUUACAAUACAUGGAUUUAUCUCUUCUUACGCGUUCAAAGCUGUUCAGUUCUGCUUUAAAAGAGUAAGUACUAAGGGAUACCAACUCCUGCUCGUCUUACUCAUCAUAACGCUGACAAUAUUUUCAUAUUAAGAACAAAAUCUACAAAGCACUGAUUGGUUCUGGCAUUGCGAUACAGUUUUUAAGCUGCAGUUAGACUCUGGGCUGCAGUCAUACACUUUUAUAUUGGCUUCUCUCCUUCAGUAAACCCAACGUAAUUAGCCAGUUAAUAUCCUCUGAUCGCUGUCUCUACGCCGUUACACAUAUAAAGGCAAUACAUCCAACUGCAGCAGCUCAUUAAUGAAUAAAGAUAUGUGAUGGAUGCUUAAACAAAA